AUGCGUUUCUUCAAGAAGAAGUCCACCGACGAGGUGGCGGAGAAGGACACUUCCAACAUGACGACGCCUGCGCAGACGCCGCCCAGGAAAUACUCGAACCCUGAGGUGGAGGCUCCUCAAGGACGCGUUCCGUUCGUUGCAGUGGUCCUAGGAGCUGUUGCCAGUAUCGGUGGUUUCAUGUUCGGUUACGAAUCCGGUCAAAUUUCUGGGUUCCUGGCCAUGUCCGAUUUCAUCGAGCGGUUCGGCGAGAACGGAGAAUUCUCCGCCGUGCGACAAGGAACCAUUGUUGGUCUGCUAUGCGUCAGCAUUGGUACUCUUCUUGGAUGCUUGGGCUCCGCACCUCUUGCCGAUACCUUUGGUCGCCGACUGACCAUCUCUGGCGCUGCUUUCUGGUACAUUGUCGGCGUGAUCAUCGAGAUCACGAGUGAGCGGGUGUGGGUACAGUUUGCUAUGGGCCGUUUCACUGCCGGCCUCGGUAUCGGAGCGCUGUCUACUGUCGUUCCCAUGUACCAGUCCGAGUCUAUCCCCAAGCGUAUUCGUGGCGCCACCGUCUCGUCCUACCAGUUGCUGAUCACUAUGGGUAUCUGGACUGCGUACAUGGUCAACUACGGAACUUCGGAUCAGUACCAAAACAGCGCCCAGUGGCGUAUUCCCAACGGUCUUUCAGCACUGUGGGCUAUCAUCCUCGGAUCUACCAUCUUGCUCCUUCCAGAGUCCCCACGUUACGCAUACCGCAAGGGUCGUGUCGAGGAAGCGCGUCGCAACAUGGCCCGCCUCAAUGGUGUAGCAGAGCACUCUGCUUUCAUCGAUGCUGAGAUCAAGGAGAUCCAGGACAAGCUCGAGGCUGAGUCGGCCGGAGGCGACCACCCAUGGCACGAAAUCUUCACUGGUCCUCGUAUGCUCUACCGUACGCUCCUUGGUAUGAUCUUGCAGGCUGGUCAGCAGUUGACUGGUGCCAACUACUUCUUCUACUACGGAACGACCAUCUUCUCUGCCACUGGUCUUGAGAACAGCUAUGUCACCUCCAUCAUUCUGGGCACUGUGAAUGUCGCUGCGACGAUUUUCGGUCUGUGGAUCGUUGAGAACGUCGGCAGGAGGAAGGCCAUGAUCUUUGGUGCCCUCUGGAUGUUCGUGUGCCUGUUCAUCUACGCUUUCGUCGGACACUACCAGCUGGAUCACGCCAACCCAACGAGCACCCCGCAGGCAGGCAACAUCAUGAUCGUCUUCACUUGCUUGUUCAUUGCCGCUUUCGCAACCACCUGGGGACCGCUAGUCUGGGCCAUCGUCGGUGAAUUGUACCCUGCCCGUUACCGCGCCACCUGCAUGGGCCUCGCCACAGCCUCGAACUGGCUCUUCAACUUCUUGAUCUCGUUCUUCAGUACCAUGAUCACCAACAAGAUCGAUUACUUCUACGGUCUAGUUUUCGGAGUUUCUUGCGCCGUCCUCGCCAUUAUCGUCUACUUCUUCAUGAUCGAGACCAAGGGCCGUUCCCUCGAGGAGAUCGAUACCAUGUACAUGUUGCAUGUCAACCCCAUCACGAGCGCGAAAUGGACCCCUGAUGCUCUUGGCCGUGAUGGUCUCGUGGAGACGGACCGCUUGCAAUACGGUCCCGGUGGCAGGAGCUGGUCCAAGGCCGAGCAGGGCGCUCCCACAGAGCCGCAGCAGGAGCGUGCUGAGGGCAUUCUGGUGUAA